AUGUCUCCCCAGGUCGACGAGGAAACGCCUUUGCUGCAGGUGCAGCAAGACAAGCCACAGCGCACGCCUCUUCCCUGGUUUCAGUUCACGAUUGUAUUGUUUCUACAGUUGGCUGAACCGCUUACCUCGCAAGUCAUUUAUCCGUUCUUGCCCCAGCUCAUUCGUGAUAUUGGGAUUACGCGGGGGGACGAAACAAAAGUAGGACACUAUGUCGGUCUUUUGCAAUCGUUGUUCUUCUUGACCCAAGCUAUGACCGUGCUGCACGUAUAUUUGACCUCCGUUUCAUUGAUCUGCAUAACUAAACACUGGAGUCGUAUCUCAGAUCGCAUUGGUCGAAAGCCCGUAAUAUUAAUAGGCCUAUUCGGUUUGUCUAUGUCGAUGUAUUGCUUCGGUCUGGCGACGACGUUCUGGGGAUUGGUCUUAAGCCGAAGUUUGAAUGGUGCGCUGAAUGGAAAUAUUGGGGUGAUCAAGAGCAUCAUGGCCGAGAUGACUGACGCCACCAACAUUGCUCAAGCCUACGCCUACAUGCCGAUUGCCUGGUCAACUGGAGGUGUACUGGGACCCAUGAUUGGUGGUGCAUUAGCAAGACCGGCCGAGCAAUUCCCACAGCUGUUCGGUCACAACGAGUUCCUCAAAAAGUAUCCUUAUUUCUUGCCGUGUGCCGUCCCCGCUACUUUCUCUGCAAUCGCUUGGCUAGUGACUUUUUUGUUUCUCGAAGAGACUGUCCAAGCCCCCGCGUUUGCGCUUCCGAAAAUUUUCCGAUUCAAGAAAAACAAUACGGGUAAACUGAUGAUGUCUGCACCCGAAAUUAACGAUCUUACGACUGAAAUUCCUGAUAACGAAAAACCUGUUCCGUUCCGAAAACUUCUUAAUCGUCGUGUCCUAAUCGCGGCUGGAAAUUACGCAACACUCUCGCUAGUGGACAUUACCUUUCGCGCCAUCCAGCCUCUUUUUUUCUCCACUCCUGUCGAGCUUGGCGGUUUAGGACUCCCGCCGUCUUCCAUUGGGAAUCUGCUGUCAAUUUUUGGCUUACUCAAUGGUGUCAUGCAAGUUUUUUUCUUUGCCAAGUUGCACGACUAUUUUGGCUCGAAAAAAACAUUUAUCAUGGGAAUCGCAUCCACCUUCCCAAUCUUCGCUUGUUUUCCGAUAUUGACUUAUCUAGUAAAAAGCAAUGGCGGUGUUACACCGCUUGCAUGGGUGUUCGUUCUUUUGCAGAUCAUCUUCUCGCUCUCAAUUAGCUUUUCCUACGGUGCUAUUUUCAUUUACAUAUCCGCUGCUUCACCGAACAGGGCUUCUCUUGGAGCCACUAAUGGUUUAAGCCAAAUGACUGUGAGCAUCUGCAGAGCCAUCGGUCCUGCGGCGAGUAAUUCGCUGUUCUCGUUGUCGAUGAAGCAUCACUACUUGGGGGGAUUCCUAGUUUAUUACGUCUUGUUCACCAUUGCGGCCUUGGCCCUGGUUGCAGCUACACUGCUUCCUAGGAAGGUGUAA